AUGAACACAGUGAUGUGGGAAGAGAGCUCUUUAUCUGGUCACAAAAAUAUCAUUAGCACAGUUGAGUCCAGUAUACGGCCGACUGGGAAUGGCAUUUAUGAGGUGCUGAUUCUUAUGCAGUAUUGUAAAGGUCAUAUCAUCCAGAGCAUGAAUGACAGGUUAAAUUCUGGGGGGUUCUCAGAGCGAGAGGUUCUCAAGAUAUUCUGUGAUAUAUGUGAAGCUGUGUCCAGGCUGCAUCACUGCCAGACACCUAUUAUACAUAGAGACCUCAAGGUAGAAAAUGUGCUCAUAGAAUCGGGAGGAAACCAUGUGCUCUGUGAUUUUGGCAGUGCGACAGCAAAGUUUUACAACCCCCAGGUUCAUGGGGUGAAGCAUGUGGAGGAGGAUAUACAUAAGUACACAACAUUAUCAUAUCGGGCUCCAGAAAUGAUAGAUCUUUAUAGUGGGAAGUUAAUUUCAACAAAAGCAGACAUAUGGUCCCUAGGGUGCUUACUGUACAACCUGUGCUUCUUCAAGUUGCCAUUUGGAGAGAGUAGUUUAGCCAUACAGAAUGGAAACUUUACAGUGCCAGAUGAUUCUAGAUAUUCCAAAGAGAUGCAUGGACUUAUAGCAUUCAUGCUUGAAGUAGACCCAGAUAAAAGACCAGACAUUUUUCAAGUUUCACAUGUGGCAUUUCUGCUGGCAAGAAGAGAAUGUCCUGUGCCAAAUUUACACCUGGAGGUGUUUGGUAAGGGGACUGUCCUAGGGGGCAGGGUCACCCAUCAUGGUGUCAACCUUGCAAUACACAAUAAUUUGGGUGUCCCUUCUCUGAGGACAGAGGUGCUGCUGCCCACAGCUUCCACCAUAGAGUGA